GGGCCUAGGGGAGCGGGGCGGGGCCUGGAAGGAGCUGGGAGGCUCGGGAGGAGCCGGGCCGCGCCCCCGCGCCGGGAGCAAGAGGAGACACCGGCUCAGAGCGCGCACGGCCGCGCCUGCAAACAAGUGUCCGCCGCCGCCGAUGGGGCCGCUCCGGGGCCCCCCGCCCAAGACCCCCGCGCCCCCCGCCGUCCGCGUGCAGCUGGACCCCCGGGGUUGAGCGCGCCCCCGGGGCAGCGGGCGGUGGGCGCUCCGGAGGCCGCGGGGCCGGGGGCCGAGGCUGGGCGGGAGCCCCCGGGGGUGUGCGCCCCCCCGCCGGCCAGCCUCCCGGAUGCCUCCCGGCGGCGGCGGGCCCAUGAAAGACUGCGAGUACAGCCAGGUCAGCACUCACAGCUCCUCCCCCAUGGAGUCGCUCCACAAAAAGAAGAAAAAGAAGAAGAAGAAGCCGCCGCCGCCCCAGAACCAGCCUCAGCCCCAGCCCCCGCCCCCGCCCCAGCCCCAGCCCCAGCCCCAGCCCCCGCCGCCGCGGGCCCGCAGGAAAUGGCAGGUGUUCCCGGGCAGGAACAAGUUCUUCUGCGACGGCCGCAUCAUGAUCGCCCGGCAGACCGGCGUCUUCUGCCUGACCCUCGUGCUCAUCCUGGUCACCAGCGGGCUCUUCUUCGCCUUCGACUGCCCUUACCUGGCCGUGAGGAUCACUCCUGCCAUCCCCGCGGUGGGGGGCGCCCUCUUCCUCUUCGUCAUGGGGACCCUGCUGCGGACCAGCUUCAGCGACCCUGGAGUCCUGCCCCGGGCGACCCCGGACGAGGCGGCCGACCUGGAACGGCAGAUAGAUAUCACCAAUGGCAGCAGUUCCGGGGGGUACCGCCCGCCCCCCAGAACCAAAGAAGUCAUCAUCAAUGGCCAGACGGUGAAACUCAAAUACUGUUUUACCUGUAAGAUCUUCCGGCCGCCCCGAGCCUCCCACUGCAGCCUGUGUGAUAACUGCGUAGAACGGUUUGAUCACCACUGUCCCUGGGUAGGCAACUGUGUGGGGCAAAGGAACUACCGGUCUUUUUAUAUGUUCAUUUUAUCCCUGUCUUUUCUGACAGUCUUUAUAUUCGCUUUUACCACCACCCACAUCCUCCUUCGUUCCCAGAAGGCAGGAUUCCUGAAUGCUCUGAGAGCCAGCCCGGCCAGCGUGCUGGAGGCCGUGGUUUGUUUCUUCUCUGUCUGGUCCAUCGUAGGCCUCUCGGGCUUCCAUACCUACCUGAUCAGCUCCAACCAGACCACCAACGAGGAUAUUAAGGGCUCUUGGUCGAAUAAGAGAGGCAAAGACAACUACAACCCCUACAGCUACGGGAACAUCUUCACAAACUGCUGUGUGGCACUGUGUGGACCCCUGUCCCCCAGCCUCAUCGACCGGCGAGGCUACGUGCAGCCCGACACGCCGCAGCCAGACGUGUCCUCCCACGGGCUGGUGGCCUACAGCUCCACGCAGUCCCAGAGCGACAUGUGUGACCAGGACCAGUGCAUCCAGAGCACCAAGUUUGUGCUUCAGGCAGCCACCCCCCUGCUCCAGGGGGACCCCAGCCCAGGGGGCGAGGAGCUGCCGCUGGCGGGGGGGCGUCCUGGGCUGGGCGCCCCCUGUGCCAGCCUGACGCCGGGGCCACCCACACCGCCCUCCUCCAUGCCCAGCCUGGCGGGCGAGGCCUCGCUGGCCGACCUGCUGCCCUUGGAGGAUGGGCGCCUGGCCCCCCAGUUCCUGACGCCCGAGGAGCCGCCCUCUCCGCCCGGCCUCCUGGGCCCCGCCAGCCUGGACGCCCUGCACGAGGAUUCUGUGCGCGGGCUGGUCAAGCUCAGCUCCGUGUGAGCCAGCCAGGCACCGGGGCGUGGGCCCCUUCGUUCUGAGGACGAUCCGGGUCGGCACCCUGGGGACCUGGGGGCUCUUCACUCUGAGAAUGGGCCCAGGACGGCCCACGAGGGCAGACACAGGGGCCGGGGGGAGGCUUGGACACGGUUGCUCUUUGGGGGAUGGACAGUGGCCUGGAAGGUGGGAAACACAGCUGGGGCAUGCAAUUUCUGUCUCUCUCUCUCUCUCUCUCCCUCUCCCUCUCCUCCCUCCUCUCUACUCUCCUCUCUUUUCACUCUCUUCUCUCUGUACUGUCCUCUCCUCUCUCUCUCACCCUCUCCUCUCUCCCCUCUCUUCUUCUCUCCCCUCUUCUCUCUCUCUUCCCCCCUCUCUCCCUUUCUCUCCCUCUCUCUCUCUCCUGCCAGCACUUGAAAACUGAAGAGUGGACAGGGCAAGGGGAGCCUCCUAGGACUCAAAAUCUAACCACCUGGGCAUCUGGGGCAAAAGGACCUGACUGCCCCCCCCCCACCCCGCCAAAGCCAUCUGCCAUCUGCUCUGGUGACCAGCCUGCGGCCAGUGGACAGGAUGCUGGGCCAGUUCGGAGGGCACCUGAGGGACCCACUGUGACCAGCCAGAAGGGGAGACGGCCUGGGCCAGCAUGCCUGCUGCUCUGAGGGUCCAAGGGUCCCCCACACAUGUGGGACCUGCCACCUGCCCCUCCUCCCUCCUCCUCUUUCUUGUCCUCCUCUUCCUCCUCCUCCUCUUCCUCCUCCUCCUCUUCCUCCUUCUCCUCUUCCUCCUUCUCCUUCUUCUACUUCUACAUCUUCUCCUCCUCCUCUUUCUUUCUCCUCUGGGUGACCCCCCAGCACUAUCUCCCAGGGGAGACCGUCCAACCCCUCUGGGACUUGGCUGCCACCCCCCAGCUGGCCCAGCUCUGUCUCCCGUGGGCAGGUGGCCUCAGGGAGCCCCAGGCUGCUGCUGGCUUUGUCUUUUCCAGAACUUUCUGUCUCUGUGGUGCGGGCCCUGAGCUGACCGCACGGGUGUCUUGUUACCUCCUGUGUUACUGACCUCCUCCAAGGAGACAAUAAACCUCCAUCCUCUGCCCCUCC